AUGGAGGAGGCGGCAGCAGGCCGCGCAUCGUGGGGCUUCGUGCGGCUGCUCCCCGUUCUGGUUCUGGGCCUGUGGAGCACGCUGCCCACCGCAGAUUUCCUGGAAGUAGAGAUGGCAGAGAAGCCUCAGAUUGUGUUGCUGAAUGACAACGCCACCAUCUUUUGCAAGGUCCCUGGUUCCCUACCCCUCGAUAUCAAGUAUAUGGGUAUCAUCUGGUAUCAGAAGAGUCGAGUGUCUAAAACAGAGAGCAAGCUGUUUGAGUUUUUCGGGGACCACCAAAAGGCAUUCCGACGUGGAGCCAUUGUGUCUCCACAGAGGCUGGAGAUGGGAGACGCCUCUCUGCAGCUGCCUGCGGUCCAGUUGAGUGAUGCGGGCGAGUACCGAUGUGAGGUGGUGGUCACCCCUGAGAAGGCAGAGGGAACAGUCCAGGUAGAGGUUUUGGCUCACCCCGUCAGCAGCUUGUUCCUGAAGCAAGCCAUGGUGAACAAUAGUGAAGACAAAGUUAUGUUGUGUAAGUCAAGUGGGUUCUACCCAGAGAACAUUAAUAUAACGUGGAAAAGGUGGACCCAGAAGGACCCCCAAUACCGGGAGGUUUCUGACGGCAUUAUCACUGGUCCCACUGUCAAGAAUGAGGAUGGUACCUAUAAUGUCACCAGCUCCUUGAUGCUGAAGCCCUCUCUGGAAGACAAUGUGGCCAUCUACCAGUGUGAAAUUUGGCACAUAUCUAUGACCACCUCCCAGAAGCUCAACUUCACCCUGACUCUGACAGGUAAGCAUCCACCUGGACAUUUUGCCUACUGUUCACCUUGAGGGGGUAUAACAUAAAACUUUGGUUCCCAGACAGUCUAGCUGAAGAUGAGGGCCAAUGGGAAAGGAGAGAGAGCUUGGUCUGGCUUAGCUCAGCCCCAAAGUCAGCAGUCCAGACUAGGUCCCUAAGCCAGGGUAGAUGGACUAAUAGUGGAGAGUGCUGACAAUAGUCCUCAUGUGGAAACAGGGCUACUUGUUUGCUCAUGGCCGUUUAAGUGAUCUGAGUAGUCUAUAUGCCUUGAAGUGGGAAGCUUGCCAGCUGCUGGGAGAAAGAGGACAGUAUCCUGUCCAUGUCCCCUGAGGAUAAGGGUCUGUCAGGGGCCAGGAACCCAGCCCUGCCAGCAACUCUUCUGGUCAGGCUCCAGGUGCACUGCAAACUGUUGGCUGGUAGAGGCUGAAUCAAUAGUUCUGUCUUACAGGUUGUGCCCAA